AUGAGCACUGACGAAGUGUCUCGGAUGUUUUUACCUCAGCAGCGCAAGACUGUGCAGAGGAGCAACUCGUCUUCAUCCCUGUCAUCCACCAAUUCUUCUGGCUCAACAGUCACCCUUACACAGAAUGAUAUCUCGUCAGAGCCGGCUCAUGGGCCAAAGAAAAAGGCAAGGGGAGGAUUCUGGCCUGUCUCAAAACCAGAAUCUACAGCCAGCGUCUCCAAUGCUCGAGCAAACGGGUCGCUUCAGACGGCUAUUGGAAACUCCUUGGUCGGUAAGAGCCCGGUACAGCCAGCACUACCGAACCAAAGUCCUACCACUCAGAUCAAUGGGACAAGGAUCGUAAAUGGAGCGGCUCCUGGCGAACCAGCUGCGAUUCUGGCCUUGCUGCCCAUGAAUGGGACAUUCGAAAGGAAACAAAUCAAUCUCCCGUUUUAUCCAGAAGUGCUUCGCAUCGGCCGACAAACGAAUGCGAAGACUGUUCCCACUCCGGUAAACGGAUAUUUUGACUCCAAGGUUCUGUCACGACAACAUGCCGAAGUGUGGGCCGAUCGGAGUGGGAAAGUGUUCAUCAGAGACGUAAAAUCAUCAAACGGCACAUUUGUCAACGGACAGCGACUCUCACCGGAAAAUCGAGAAUCUGAGCCUCAUGAACUCCGCCAACACGACACGCUAGAAUUGGGCAUUGAUAUUGUGAGUGAAGAUCAAAAGACCAUUGUCCACCACAAAGUAUCGGCCAAGGUUGAAUAUGUGGGCCUCCCUGGGUCGACCAACAAUGUUCUCGAUCUUACCUUUGGCGACCUGGAUCCAUCUCACGGCGGAGCUCUAUUGCCAUCACCUGUAAGUUCACCAAUGCUUCACAGUCGAAGCCGACUGGGAGGACCGGCAACGAAUGGACGAGCCUCGACACCUUCAAGCGUUGCCGGCAGCCAGAUGAGUUCAAUUGCGCAACAACGAAUGAACAUGUGGGGCGCCACGCCGUUGAACGUAGAACAACUGGUCAAGACACUCGCUAUGGAGAUGCGGGCAGCAAGACAGCAGGCUGAGGAAUUAGACCAGGCUGGCGCUUUUCUGAACUCAUUGUUGACACCUGGAGCUGAGCCUCACAAGCUUCAGCCUGCGUCCAAAGAAGGGGUUCCUCAGCGACAAUCCAACGGUCGUCCUAAAGCCCCCAAGAUGGAGCAUAUUGCCCGCUUCGCUGACCCUCCAGCACCACCGCCACAACAACCGCUUCCAGAGAAGCCAGACACCUCGAAGCCAAGUCCCGUCGCGACGUCAUUCACCAAUCUCCUGAAGCGCGGCGAAACUGCCAAGCAACCCAACAAUGCCUCGCACUCUCCGACAAAUGCGCAAAACAGUCAAAUGAUGUCUCUAAUCGAGGCACUGUCUAUUGCGAAAAAGGAACUUGACUCCCAGGGAGCGAGAGUAAAGCAAUUAGAAGAUAUGCUCAGGCAGGAACGGUCAGCCAGAGAGGAUGCCGAAGAACGAGCUCGGAAGCUUGAACAACAUGCGGCAUCCCGACCAAUCUUAGCGGUUGAAGAGGAAUCAGAGACACCGAUAAACCCCACUAAUGACACAGAGCCUGUCCAAGAAGAGGCAGGACAUGGCGCGGACGGCGAGCUCGAUGCAAGAACGAAGAAUCUUCAGCAGAAUCUAGACCAAGUUCUUGGAGAGAUGCAGAGGCUAAAAGCGGACGUGGACCAAUUUCAGAGACGGGCAGAGACAGCCGAAGCUGACGCCGCCAGCGCUCGAAAAAGCCUCGCCGAGAUGAUCGACAAGAUUCGAGAAGAGAACGAGCAGGCAGAGUCCACAGCUAGGAAAUCUCACGAACGACGGUCACGUUUCCAGUCUGAUGAAUGCGCUGAGGUGGCUGAGGCGGACGAGGAGGAGCCAGGGUCGAAAUCUAUGGUUAAGUCAGUAGCACAAGCGAACGGCCAUAUUCGCACACCGAGGCUGCCUGAGCAUCUUGAACGGGCCGUUGCCACAGUGCUACGCGACAAAAGCGGCAAUCCAGAUGCCAUUGCUCAGUCAGCACCGUAUGUGUCUAUGCUGGGAGUGGUCCUCAUCGGAGUCGGAUUAAUGGCCUAUCUCAAUUCCUGGCAGAAGUCAGAGAGAUGA